AUGGCAUUUACCGGCAAUGAAGAUGCCGGUGACGUGAACACCGAGGACUUCGUGUCGGUGAUCGAUGAAGAAAACAUUUCGCGGAUCAUCAGCUCACAAGAGGCUAUGAUCUCGAAACUAGAGAAAACUAAUGCCAUGCUGCAUACAGUUUGUGAACUUUCCUCUGACCGUCUCGGCCCCAUUUCCGCCCAUCUGAGAGCCAGCACGAAAACUCUGGUAGCCCUUAAAAACGAACUUUCAGCGGUGAUGAAGCGCACCGAAUUUCUUAAGAGUGCUUUUCAAAAGAAGUUCCCCCAGGAGUACGCCGUUGCUGCCCGACAAGUCUUGGAAAGAUGGGAGACCGAACUUGACGCCGAAACCGGUGACGAUCCCCCUCCUACAGAAAAACCGCAAUCAUAA